GCCCACAGGUCCGUCCUGUUUUAUAUUCCGGAUUAGUUCAGUUCCUAGUGCCGGUUAAAUUAUUUGGCUUUGCGAGAGUAAAUCUUCCCACUCCUCUUUCAUCUCAAGAAUUUAUAAUUAACUUGUAGCCAUGGCGGUGAACACAGGCACUUCUCUGGUGCUGUCCAGUCUGCUCUCAGUGCUGGUCUUUGCUGGGAUGCAGAUGUUCAGUAAACAGCUGGGAUCCACAGAGUGGCUCACCAUCCUGGGAGGGUUCCUGGGCUCUGUCCUUUUCAUCUGCUCUCUCACUGCAUUCAACAAUCUAGAAAACCUGAUGUUUGGGAAGGGAUUCCAAGCCAAGAUUUUCCCAGAGAUCCUGCUGUGCCUGUUUCUCUCACUGUUCGCCUCUGGUUUAGUGCAUCGGGUCUGUGUCACCACUUGCUUGAUAUUCUCCCUGUUUGCCUUGUAUUACAUCAAUAAGAUAUCUGCCGCCCUCUACCAAGCAGCCGUUCCUGUUGUAACACCGGCCAAGUCUGCCAGCAAGAGCAAAAGGAAGAACUAAUGAAUCUGAAGAAAGAAGCCAAUUAAAAUAGAUCUGGUGCUGAUGUUUGCUUUUGGAGAUUUAAAUCAGAAAAAUAAUUCAAGAAAUAAUUCUCUGUAGGUUCUCUUGGAAUUCCCCAAUUCUUUUCACACAUAUUGAAAGUGUCCCUAGGUCAAACGAAAGGCCUGAGAGUAAAUCUAAAAGUGUCUCUCUGCAUUCCAUUCAUCUGCUUUUUCCAUGUGCUGGCGGCUAUGAAGUGAUUAACACAACCCGUCAGGUUUCCUGUUCACUUCUCAGCACCUCAAGCUGCUGUUUUGUCAUAUUUUGUAAUUAAACAUUGUGAAAAACGAUGAAAA